UAUGGCGUCACCGUAGCUUUUCCAGGCAAUACUAAAAGUGUAAAAGUCUUUUACAAAUCUCCUUGUUCGUUUGCCUAAAUCUUGAACAUUUUCAACAUAUCUCAACGUGUUCCCUCCAGUCGUCUGUCAUGGCUGGCGUUUUGGAAACAGAGGAACAGGCAAGAAACCGUUUCCAAUUGGAGUUGGAGUUUGUUCAGUGCCUCGCUAACCCAAAUUACCUGAACUUUCUGGCUCAAAGAGGUUACUUGAGAGAAAAGCCUUUUGUGAAUUACCUUAAAUAUCUACUUUACUGGAAAGAGCCAGAAUACGCAAAAUUCCUGAAAUACCCUCAUUGCCUGCACAUGUUAGAGCUGUUGCAGUAUGAGCACUUCCGGAAAGAGCUGGUGAAUGCACAGUGUGCCAAGUUCAUAGAUGAACAGCAGAUCCUGCACUGGCAGCAUUACUCACGAAAACGCACACGGCUACAGCAGGCUCUUGCGGAGCAGCAGCAGCAACAGCAGCCCCAGCCUCCAUCCCACGGCAACACCACCUCCAAAUGAGGCAGUCAGUGUGCUCUUAUUUCACAGAGGCAUUUUUGUAAAUGUUCAUUUUCAAGUGGGCUUUUUCAUGUUUUGGCCAAUCAGACUGCUGUCCGUAGGCCCAUAAUGUUAUGUCUGUUUAUGAACUAUUGGCGAGAAAGGUAAAAGAGCUUCAAAAGAAGGAAAGAGGAAUGUGAUUAGAUUGCUUUGGAGCAGUAGGCCUAUGUCUUACUUUCUGUAAGGUUGAUGGAUUGGUUUGAGUGUUUGCUUUGAUUAAAUGAUCACGCCCAGUAAAACAUUGGUUAUAUUCGAAUAAAGUAUUUUUCAAUUGUUGUCAAGCACACUGGCAAAUUUUAAUGCUAAAGCAGCAAUGUAUUUAAAUUCUUCACUGAGAUCAAAUUUGUUUGUUUCUUUUUCUGAUUAACAAUUUUUUGUUGAUUCACACAUUAAACACAGAAAAACAAAACAUAUAUACACAGAAUCAACAAUUAACCCCCACUAUUACCCCUCCUGGCCCCCAACAACAUCCCAGUGGUCAUACAUGAUUAUAGACACACAACAAAAUUAUUGUGUCUCUAGACGCAGACUUGACAUAUUUUUUAGAAUCCUAGCCCACUCUCCCUCCAAUAACAAGAUUAAAUCUUUCUCCCUAAUCUCUUGACAGAAGUUAAAGCUCUAUCCCCCAGACUCAUUAGCAGGGAGUAAUACACUGAUGCCUCGUGACCUUUUCCAAAAGCAGUAAUCACUCCUCCCAGAGUUUCUGCUGCUCUAGGGGUGUAACUGAGACUUGUAGUCCUUGCUCGCACAUGCUUUUUCAGAUCAGAUUGAGGUCAGGGCUUUGUGAUGGCAACUCUAAUACUUUGUCUUUGUUGUCAUUAAGCCAUUUUUCCACAACUUUGAAGGUAUGCUUGGUGUCAUUGUCCAUUUGGAAGUCCCAUUUGCGACCAAGCUUUAACUUUUUGGCUUAUGUCUUGAAAUGUUGUUUCAAUAUAUCCACAUAAUUUUCCUUCCUCAUGAUGCCAUCUAUUUUGUAAAGUGCAGCAAAUCACCCCCACAACAUGAUGCUGCCACCCCCAUGCUUCACAGUUGGGAUGGUGUUCUUCAGCUUGCAAGCUUCACCCUUUUUCCUCCAAACAUAACAAUGGUCAUUAUAGCCAAACAAUUACAUUUUUGUUUCAUCAGACCAGAGGACAUUUGUCCAAACUGUAGUCUGGCUUUUUUAUGGUGGUUUUGGAGCAGUGGACAAAUAAUUUUCUGAGGUCUUGGCUGGUUUCUUUUGAUUUUCCCAUGAUGACAAGCAAAGAGGCACUGAGUUUGAAGGUAGGCCUUAAAUUACAUCCACUGGCACACCUCCAAUUGACUCCAAUUAGACUUUCAGAAGCUAAUUGGCUACUUACCUAAGGCUUGACAUCAUUUUCUGGAAUAUUCCAAGCUGCUUAAAGGCACAGUUAACUUAGUGUAUGUAAACUUCUCACCCACUGGAAUUGUGAUAUAGUCAAUCAAAAGUGAAACAAUCUGUCUGUAAACAGUUGCUGGAAAAAUUACACAUGUCAUGAACAAAGUAGAUGUCCUAAACGACUUGCCAAAACUAUAGUUUGCUAAUAUGAAAUCUGUGGAGUGGUUAAAAACUCCAAAAAGUUUUAAUGACUUCAACCUAAGUGUAUGUAAAUGUCUGACUUCAACUGUAUGUAUAUGUUCAUGUACGUGUUCAACGUACAAUGGUCACCCAAGCCAAAAAUAAAACAACUUUUUAAGGCAAUAGUCACAUUAUGCUGCAUCACUAAAUCUUGACAUAAAAAGUAUAGGUACCCAAAAUAACACUGGCCCUAUGGACUUUUGUUGAUAUGAAAAAUUCACAGGACAGUUGCUACAAAAAUGUUAAGUAUCUAGACACUGCUCACAAUUUGGAGAAUGGAAAUGGACAUAAAUGGACAGACUUUUUCUAACUUCCAAAAAAGGGGAAACUAAACCUUCCAGUGGUUGCUGUAAAAAUUCAUGCACAGAAAAGUUGGAAAACAUUCUUAUGUGAGAUAAGUGAUUUGUCACUAAUUGCAUUGUAAAGGAAAAUACGGUGUAGUCAAUACAUUUUUGAUCAUAAAUAUUGCAUCAUGGUAUGAUAUCAAAUGUUGAUGGUGUAAAA